CAAACUCCUCUGUAUCGUAUGUGUAGACUCGGACAAGAAGCUGAGCACAUGGAGGCUUUGAAGGACUUUGCUUCUCUCUGCUCCAGUCCUACCACUGUGGUGGGCGUAGUUCUCUUGAUUAUACUUUAUUUGAUUUCUCUUGGUUCUUCCUCCAGAGAAACAGGCAAAGAACCUCCAGGACCAAAGCCUCUGCCUCUGCUUGGCAACCUGCUGCAACUUGAUCUCCAGAGACCUUACAAAACACUGUGUCAGCUUUCCAAAAAAUAUGGGUCUGUAUUUACGGUUUAUUUUGGACCAAAAAAAGUGGUUGUCCUUGCUGGAUACAAGACAGUCAAAGAGGCUCUGGUCAGCUAUGCAGACGAGUUUGGAGAAAGAGACAUUGCACCUAUAUUUCAUGAUAUAAACAAAGGUCAUGGAAUUCUGUUUUCAAAUGGAGAAACAUGGAAAGAGUUGCGUCGUUUUGCCCUCACCACCCUCAGAGACUUUGGGAUGGGGAAGAGAGUUGCCGAGGAGAAGAUUUUGGAGGAGUGUGGACACCUUAUUCAAAUCUUUGAGAAUCAUAAAGGGGAACCAUUUAACACAUCACGUCCAAUAAAUUAUGCAACAUCCAACAUCAUCUCUUCCAUCGUGUUUGGAAGCAGAUUUGAAUACGAUGAUCCUCGAUUUACAAACCUGGUCAGUCGGGUCAAUGACUCUAUAAGCCUAUCAGGCUCAGCAGAAAUCCAGCUCUACAAUAUGUUUCCCCGGCUGGUCGGAUGGAUAAAAAGCCGUCAGGGGAUGUUAAAAAAUGCUAUGAUGACGACCAGAGAUGUGAAGGAUUUAAUCAAGAAACUGAGAGAGACACUGAACCCUCAGAUAUGCAGAGGACUGGUGGACUGUUUUCUGAUUCGGAAGCAGAAAGAAGAGGACUCUUGUGUGAAAGACACUCAGUUCAUCGAUGAGAACCUGCUUUAUACAGUGACCAACCUGUUUUCUGCUGGAACUGACACCACAGCUGCAACCUUGAGGUGGGGUUUGCUGCUCAUGGCCAAGUAUCCACAGAUUCAGAACCAGGUUCAGGAGGAGAUGGCCAGGGUAGUUGGAAGCCGUGAAGUCCGAGUGGAAGACCGUAAAAACCUACCGUACACCAAUGCUGUCAUCCACGAGAUACAGAGGCUGGGUAACAUUGUCCCCAUGGCCAUCCCACACAAAACCAGUCAAGAUGUCACCUUCCAGGGAUACUUCAUCAAAGAGGGAACGACAGUGCUUCCCCUGCUUACAUCUGUUCUGUAUGAUGAAAGUGAAUGGGAGAGCCCUCACACCUUCAACCCUUCUCAUUUCUUGGAUAUGGAGGGCAAAUUCAUCAAGAGAGAUGCCUUCCUGCCAUUUUCUGCAGGUCGCAGGGUGUGUCUCGGGGAGAGUCUGGCUAAGAUAGAGCUCUUCCUCUUCUUCACCUCCCUCAUGCAGCGUUUUCAGUUCACGCCUCCACCUGGAGUGUCUGAAGAUGAGCUGGAUCUGACUCCAGCUGUGGGCUUCACUGUCCCUCCUUCUCCUCAUGAGCUUUGUGCCGUCAGUCGGCAGUGAGAAUGAAGCCUAGCAUUAUAGUUCCUCUCUGUAUCAGUGGCCUGAUGUGGUUUAACACAUUUAAUAUUUAAAUUUCCUCUGCGUGUCAUUGUUUAAACAGUUGACAGAAA